GUUUAUCACUUAGCAUUAGCAUUGCGCUGCUGCACAAGGACUCUGCAACUUUUAUCUGCUUUAAACGAUCCACAGACACACAUAACAUAUUAGAUAUUAUAUAUAUUAGACUUAUUUAAAAUAAUGUUACCACAGCAACCAUUAGAACCACGUGUAUAGUUGUGUUUUAGGUUCAGGAUGAGGGUUUGUUUGGGAGCACAGCAGCUCAUCAACAGAGUCUCCAUUCAUCCUGUCAGUCCAUCAGCAGCAGUGCGAUGGCGAGCAGCUCAGACCAGACUCUUCUGCAGAACAACAGAAGAGGAAAAGCCCAGGCCCUCCAUGCUGAGACACCUGACCUCCAAAAUAAAAGCCACAGGUCCGAUUACAGUGGCAGAGUACAUGAGAGAGGUGCUCACCAACCCUGUGACAGGUUAUUAUGUGAGGAACAACAUGCUGGGACCUGAAGGAGAUUUUAUCACAUCACCAGAAAUCAGUCAGAUAUUUGGAGAGCUGAUCGGUGUGUGGAUCAUCAGCGAGUGGAUCGGAGCAGGUCAACCCAAACAGCUGAAGCUGGUCGAGCUCGGACCUGGAAAGGGAUCGUUGGCCAGCGACGUCCUCAGGGUGUUCAGUCAGUUGCGGUCCGUACUCGGCGAGGCCUCAGUGUCUCUCCACUUGGUCGAGGUGAGUCCGACUCUGAGUCGUCUCCAGGCCCAGAUUCUGACCGGGAACUGCAGCCAGGAGGCAGACGCCGAGGAUGAGCCGGUUUACCGCCGCGGUGAAACUGCUGCCGGGCUGCCGGUGUCCUGGUACCGCCGCUUAGCCGACGUCCCCACAGGAUUCAGCAUCUUUUUCGCUCACGAGUUCUUUGACGCUCUGCCGAUCCACAAAUUUCAGAGGACGGAGAAAGGGUGGAGGGAGGUCAUGGUGGACAUCGACCCAGAGAAGCCGGACCAGCUGAGGUUUGUCGUGGCGCCGUCUCCCACUCCGGCCUCGUCCGCGCUCAUACAGGCAGAUGAAAGGCGGAGUCACGUGGAGGUGUGUGCGGAGGGCGGAGUCAUCAUCCAGCGGAUAGCCCAGCGGAUCGCAGGAGACGGCGGCGCGGCGCUGAUCGCUGACUAUGGCCACAAUGGGACCAAGAUGGACACAUUCAGAGGUUUUAAAGAUCACCAGCUCCAUGACGUCCUGUCCUCCCCCGGCUCGGCCGACCUCACCGCCGACGUGGACUUCAGCUACCUGCGGAGGAUGGCAGGACAGGGCGUUGCCAGUCUGGGACCCAUCCCACAGAGGACGUUCCUGAAAAACAUGGGCAUUGACUCCCGAAUGCAGGUUCUUCUGAGGAACUGCAGCGACGCAUCCACCAGGAAGCAGCUGAUCAGCAGCUACAACAUGCUGACCAACCCCACAGAGAUGGGCGAGCGCUUCCAUUUCUUCAGCCUGCUGCAGCACAGCCGGCUGGCCAAACCCAAGACGGUACAGGGGCUAAACAUGGACAAGAAGAGCCCCGCACCGCUGCCUGUGGCCGGAUUCACCGAACUCAGCUUCUCCUGAGGGGGCUUUGGAGACUUCAAUCAACAGUCUGAACAUUUCUAGAGAGGUUUUGUAGCUCGGUCAAACAAUGCAGGAAAUUUCAGAAGAUCAUGUUCAUGGGACGAUUCUGUUUUUACAGCUGACAUUUAAAAAAGAAAAAUGCAAUGUAUUCGUGCAGAAGGACGAGAGUGUAUGUCUCUAAUUUAAAGAAAAAGAAUAAACUUGCUGUACCAGGUUAACUGUAAAGACAUUUUGAUCUAAAAAUACAAGAAAAUAAAACAUUUGUGUAUUUUUUUUUUUA